AUGGGGGUAGGUUUAUUGUCAGAUGAAUUUGCAAAUGUAUAGCUUACACUAUACAACUCAGGAGAAAUGCCGUAUUUAUAGCCUGUGGUACUUCGGUUGUUGCACGUAUGUACGAGUAUUUGCCUCUCAGCCUGCACUAAAUGAAUAACAAAAAAUUGUGAAAGUUUAUUAAUUAUGAUGCUGUAUGUGUUCUUGUAAUUUAGAUAUCAGUGCCAGAAGAUUACCAGACCUGGUAUGAAACAAUGUGUGCCGAGUUCCCAUCCAGAUUCAGCAGGCUUUUUCAGGGACCUAUCUGGAGUGGACUGCCACCAAAUUUACAAAAAGAUCCACUUACAGUAAGUAUGAUAUUCUAUGAUACAUUGAUUUUUAUUCCUCUUAAGUUGCAUAAUUAUUAAAUCAACAUAAUGAGGCUAGUUUAAUACUUUCACAUACAAUUAAUAAUGUGGUGUUAUUUUGCUAUACAUAAGUGGUUUCAGAACAUCAAUCUCUUCUUUAAGUUUUUAGUCAGACAAAGCCUAUUUGCUAAAAAGCACCCUGUAAGACAUGCGAGGUCAAAAUUUGGUUCCUCUUUCAUUUACUACGGUGCAGUGCUCCAAGAUGCAUCUGUUUUGGUGGCCAUGGUGAUUAGAACAAUAAUUUGGUGACUAAACUUGUAGCAAAAGUCACCAAUUUGGCGACCUGUGUUCGGUCGUCAUGUGCAAAGUGGUCUUUACCAAACAGUAUUUCACGUUUGUUGACUGUGACAUAAGUAAACAUCAACAAAACUAAGGCUUGGAGCACUGCAGUGUAGGUGAUUUUUGAUCUCCUUGUUUUGUCCCCUUGUUUGUUUGCUUUUCUUGCAAUAAUGAUAUGUAAUGUAACUUAAAAUAGAUGUAACAUUUGGAUUAUAAAGAUGUAUAAAUAUUAAUGAAUAAUGCUUUGCUUACAAGGCCAGACUCAAUGUUGCAUCGCCCAGUAUAAUAACUGUCCAGAAGAACAAUGCUUCCUCUGCAUUCUCAGACAAACCAGAAAUACAGGUAUUUAAUGCUACUACUUUGAAAAACAAAUAUUGUAGAUACUGGUGAAAUAUUUUUCUUUCAAAAUGUUGCCUUUCACUUGUAGAAUUUUGAAAAGGUAGAUACAUUUUCAUUUUUUUUUUCACGUUUUAAAUGAAAUGUAAUAUUCAGUCUGGAAUAUCCCUAAAUUUAAGGACAGGGCCAACUGGUCAUGUGACACUUUUCAACCAAUGAGAAGGCGCGCUUGUGUUUAUCAACAAACAAAUCAAAACAUCGCCCCAGUGAUCAAAAAUUUUCAAAACAACAGACGGAGUCGGACAGAAUCAGUCAUCGUUUCGAGGUUCUCAGGCAUAUUUUUAAGACUUUUCAUGAGGCAUACACAAUUUUUUUAAGUGGACAGCGUAUCGGAAGCCAUAUUGGAAGUGUCUCGUGAAAUAUUCAGCACAUUUAGUGGCUUAUUCUUCUUUUAUCUUUUAAACAACGCGAUGUAUAGGAGAGAUGUUGGUCGGCUUUCAAGGUAGGUGAACAACUUGUAUCUAUUAUUUUUUCGAUUCACAGAUUUUUUACGAAGUUCUAGAUAUUUUUCCUCGAUUGUCAUAUCGAUUAACUUUUAUCAUGUUGAAUGUGGGGGUGGCAGACAACCUAGAGUUUUGGUAGACAAUUUUUGAAUUCCGAGGUCCAAAACACGUAGGUUUUCCACUCCCGGGUUUCUCACAAAAGCCGUGUUAUUACUUUUCUUUGCAUAAGUACGAGCCUUUGCCCUUUUUCUUUUCGAGGCCAAAACAACUUUAUUAGUCUUAUGGAUAUUCACGUCCAACAUCUCGCCUCACUUUGCCAAAUUUGCGGGGAUGAAAUUGAAGAUCACAAGCGCAAGGUAGAUACUAACUGCUUUGUUUCUGAAAUUCACUAAUCUGGAAAGAUUUAAUGUUGUUGGAUUCUCCAAAUGUUCAUCCGCCGUUAAAAAACAAUCAAAGAAACAAGGCAAAUCUCAAUUGCCAUGCUGUAUUUUGCUACUCAUUGAACAUGCACUGAUUAUCUGGGAUAAAAUUAAAACGUUGCAGGUACUACAGCAAGUAAGGAAAGCACCAGAUGCGUGAAGUCAACACGAAACAACACAAAAAAACAAACAAGAAAAAUUAAUAAAUUUCAACUACUUUCUAUUCUGGUUAUGAUGACUGGUUCUUUGAUUCUUGUCCUGUAGAAGUUAAUAGGUAGUACCAAUGCUGUUUGUACGAUCUCAACAAAUUUUCACACUCUCUCUAAGGCUAUUUUUACACGGGACGAGUUUGCUUCUAUCAAAAAUCUUGCAAGCCAUGCCAGUGAAGCCAUGACCUCUGCGAUCGGUCCGGAAUCAGUUCGAACACCCCAAUGAUUCCUUGCAAUGAUUAAUGCUCUAUAUUCUCUUACAUGACAUGUUUUCUCUGAAAUAUUAAAUGUGAAACCUAGACGAGUACUGUAAGCUCAUCUUUAAUUCUGUCCGACUCCGUCCGUUGUUUUGAAAAUUUUUGAUCACUGGGGCGAUGUUUUGAUUUGUUUGUUGAUAAACACAAGCGCGCCAUCUCAUUGGUUGAAAAGUGGCUUGUGACCAGUUGGCCCUGUCCUUAAAUUCAGGGAUAUUCCAGACUGAUAUUUAGUCUUUGAACGUGUCAUAAUACCGGUAUCUGCCGUUCAGAUAUCCUAAACGAUAUCUCCUUUUUUAUUUGUCCUGUAGAUUGAGACUCUGAAACAGUUAAAAGUUUCCAAUCCCAAGGGAAGAUUUUGGAUAAAGGUAGAUGCCUUCGACAUCAAGGUUGCUUUGCAAGAGUCAGUAAAGGGUCAGUGGAAUGGCGACAUUGACUUGGGUGAUCAGACAGUAGCCCUGCUGCACCAAGAAUACCAGCAAAGAAAGUCUCUUUGUAAAGCCAGUGACCUUUUAUCAAGUAAAGACCAUCUCAUGGCACGGUUACAAAAGCUGCUUGAUUGUCUCUAUGUGGAUGUUACGUUCCUUGCUGAUGGUCUUUUUGCUGCUCAAGACGCAUAUACCAAGAAAUUUAAUGCCCCGAAUACAUCCCAAGAGUUGUUGAAGGCUCUUUGUUGGGAGAGGGUAGAAUUCAACAUGCUGUUGCAGCAAGCACAGUGUUUCAUUGAGAAAUAUGAAACAAUGAAAGCAUGUCUGUGCCAGCAAGCCCCAAGGGAGAAGGAUGUUGUCACAGCCUUACAAAAUGUUGAACAUGACGCUUUAACGUACCUCAGGAACGUAUUUGUCAAAAAGAGACAGCCUGGGACAACCCAUGUUCUUUUGUUGUUGGUGAGCAAUGAGCGGCGAAACAAGAAACCAUAUGCUCUGCCAGUUCAAUACAUCUUGACAAAAGCACCAAAGACCAGUAUGUCAGAGAUAUGGCUGAUGCCAUAAAGUCUAAAAUGAUGGAGUUGGAUUUAAAGCUAGUUGGUACGUUAGAUGAGAUUAUAUUCUUAUGUUUAAAGAUUAGCAAAGGGCUGUUAAAGUAGUUCUCAUCUAUUUGAACAUUGACACCUCAUUGCAGCAGAAUUAUUCCUUUUGUUGACUUAUCAUUCUUGUGUUAAAAUAUAUUGGUGGCGUUUUCCACUAAAUGCAGAAUGCAGCACUGUUUAUAUUUCACAAAAAUUAAGUGAAUGUUGGUUGAACAUUCUGGUAGGUGCUGUUAGUGAUGGCGAGUUUAACAGUCUCCGGACCCAGGGUUCAACUCGGCCACUACACAUAGCAGAUCAUCCAUGAUGCCAAGGAAAUUGUUAGUCGACAAAGUGAGAAGACAUUGUCUUCAAUGCUGAAAAAGACAGGAGGUAACUAAUAAAUAAAAGUGAAAGCAUAUGAUUCAUUGUUGUCAUUAUUGAUGUGGGAUAGUUAUUUUCUCACUUGGAAGUUUUUCAUUGUAGGCCAAUUAAACCAGUGCAAGUUAACACAACUGUUUACUUUAUUUUGGGGCAUUUUGCUCACUAUACAGUACUGAUUUUUUUGCAAAAUAGUUUGAUGUUGAAUACCGAGUGCUAAAUGUGUUAUAUCGCCACUGUUUCUUUAUUGGUAAAAAUCAUUACCCCUAAUUUUUCGGUCUCAGAAAACUUUGUUACCUUAUGAAAGGUCAUUUUACACACUUUGUAUCCUCCUUUUGACAAAGAAACAUUAGAUGGGCGUGGCAUCUCACAGCUUGAACGUUGCAAAAAAAAUUAUGCAAUGCUGAACUUAAUUUUAGAUGAGUGGAUGCCUUGGCAUAGGGAAGUUUAUGACUUCAGAUCCAUUGACAUCAACAGGUAUUUUGAAAAAUGAGGUAUAUUUCCUUUCAUGACUUUGUGGGUUUCUUCAGUCUUCCCACACUGGUUUUUACUACAUGUAUCUGUGUAGCAUUUGACAAUUACUGUCAUGUCCUAGGGUCCACAUAUUUCAUCUUUGAACUAAAUCGUAAGUGCACAUGUAUUUCUCCCUUGGAAUCCUUUACAUUUAAGCAAUAGAAAACGUUUUCCGUGUUUGCAUAGCCCGAUAUAAACACGAGAGGGGUUGGGAAAAUUCGAGAUAGUUAUGAAAACCUGAGACGAAGUUGAGGGUUUGCAUAACUGUCGAGUUUUGAACUCAAAAACUUUUUCAAAUUCGUGCUUGCGUGAUUAGUGCGAAAAGCAAAACAUCUUGAUGCCACAACCAUGUCUACAUAACUCUCAUGCAAACACUCCUCUCAGCCAAUCAAAGUGUGCAUACUAUCUCAUUAUUAUUUUAUUAAUCGUCACGGUGUAACUUGCUUGUUUGGUUUUUGUCUUUUUAGGCCUGUAAAGGAAAUAUGUGGCUUUUCACGUGAAACGGUUGUGCCUGUGACAACCAAUAUAGAAAGUAUGGAAUUUCGAAGGUGUCAGAACAAUGAGAUUGGAUAUGAGGAACAUCCAAGGGCAGGCUCAACGGAUGACGUAGAGGCCAUCAUUGCCUUUUUCCACAGGAUUCUUGGUGUUGUUUUCACUCUGAAGCAGUUUAAAUCAAGAUGGAGAAACAUUGUAAGGUGUGUGCACUGGUGUCAGUAUUUUUUUUUUUCAGUAAGUUUGUCCCUUCGGAAAUUUUCAAAAACAUUUGAAGAUUCACAUAACAUUGAAGGCUUUUUUUGACCCACUCGUUCAACUGUUGUAUUUUUGAUUACAGUAAGAUGUAAUACUAAUGUUGAACAUGUAGAAUGCUAACAAGCAACAUCAACACAUUUCAUCUGUAAUGCAUUUAAUUGUACAGAAAAAAAAGUCCAGUACAUGGCCAACAUUAUGCAAAGAGUGAACUUGGACUAAACAAUAAUGAUUACUUAUUUUGGCAACUUUUAGGGAGUUUACAAAGAGAAUGUUGCCAGACCUUCCAUUCUAUUAUUGUACCUUGAAUGAAAAGUUCAGAGAUGAGGAUCAGUCGACAUCCUUUGACCAGCUUCCUGAUGGGGUUGAAGACAACCAAGACCCGAAUUGUCAUCCACUGCGAUUACAUCACCUGCGCAUCAAUCGUAGAGAGGAUGCAUCCAUCAUUUGUGCAGGUCGUUCCUUUCUGCCUGCACGAAAUCAGACCAGCAUCCGGCAACAAAUACACCGACCACUGGCCCAACUCCCCGAUCCUAGAAGUAUGCCCUAA